AUGCCUCCCCUCAAGUCAAAAGGCCAAACUGGGGACAAAAAACCGAAGGCCGAGGAGGUAAAACCAGAAACCAAACGGCAGAAAAACGAGAAGAACUCUGAAUCCAAGACCACCCAGCCGUCGCCUAAAGGGAGCAGCGAAAGCAGCGACGGGGAGGCGGAGGUGUCCGAUUCACUGAAGGACCUGAAGAGAGACACGGAGGGGCCGACAGCGGAAGAGGAGUCCGAUAAAGAGCCCUCGCAGAGAGCGGAGACGAGGAGCGCGACGGAGGAGGAACCAGACGAAGAGGACCAUGCAGAGGAGGUCCCAGAGUCUGAGGCGGCCCACAGCGACAGCAGCGAUGGAGGAGAGGAGGUAAGGAAGGAGCGCACGCCUGAAAGACAAACCACUGGUAGAGGCGUACGCGGUGGACGCAGACAGUCACCGCGGGCCACCGAACCUCCGCAGCGACAGAGAGGCAGGAUGUUUAAGAAAACAAAAGCAGAUAAGCAGGCGGAGAAGGCUGAGAAGGCGAGGGCCAAGGCGGAGACGCAGAGGGCUGAAAAGGAAGCCAAACAAAAGGCAAAGGAGGAGAAGAAGAAUAAAAAGAAGAAGAAGAAGCAGGGGGCCAGCGCGGGGCCGGAGAAGGUCGAGCCGCCGGAAGGUCCGAACAAAACUGAAAAAGCAAGGAGCAAAGCACAGCUCCUUCUCCUGGCCAACAAAACCAAGAACAUCAAACAGGUGACCGUUGCCUCAGACACUGAUCCCGAUGUGGAAGAAGAUGAGGAGGAGGAGGAGGAGGCAACUCCGACCUUAUUGCCGGCCACCAAAAGCCGAAGCCAGCUGAUAAUUCUCAAAGCCAAAAGCACAAAACUCAAGACCAGCCUCCUGUCCAAAGCAGCGAAAGAGGGCCAAAGGGAGGCGGGCUACCCCUUGGUGAAUCCCAGCGAGGAAGCGUCAGAAGGUGAGUCCAACAAGGCCAAUGAACGCUUGCUGGCCCGAAAGAGAGGCGUGGCCACUCUCCGUCGAGUGUCCGGCUGGAUCAAUAAGAAAAUCCCCAAAAGCUUCACACUGAGGACAAAAAUGGUUCCUUGGUGCAAAGUCAUCAGCAUCUCCAACUGGAUCUCCCUUCGUGCCCUCAAACCGAAGGAUGGGACCAGAAAGUCAAAGGGCAACUUCCUCAAACACAGGAUGGCUAUGAGAAUGGCAAGUAAAACCAACCUGUCCAGUGUGAGGAGCAGGAGCGAUGGGAAGGACCGGCGGUCCACAGAGAAGGCCGUUCCUCAGGGACAGGUUGGGGAAGGAGGGGACGAGACGGUCCCUGUAGGGGACAAGGAGCUAGAGGCCAAGUACGCCGUGGUCCUCCCCAGGAUUAACAAACCUGGACUGGCCAAAGCGCUAACGGUGGCCUCCGCCCCUACAAACAGCACCCUGACACUAGGUUCGGCCACGCCUUCAACCCCCAAACCUCCUAAGCCAGGAGCCCGCCUCGUGCUGCCUGUAAAACCAGACCUCAGCCUCUUGAAGUGCAUCAAGAAGCCUGUGUUAGGAGGCUCGACGGCCGGUGGCGAGUCCGUGGAAGGGGGCACUGUCUCGGGUGUCAGAGCGACCGCGGCUCCCUCAGUGCCCGAGGGAUCGUCUGACAUCCACGCGAGAAGCCGUCAGGCCCCCUUGGAAAAUCAAGACGGCGUCAGCGUGCUCCAGGCGGCUCGAGGGAAACUGGGAACCCGUAAUCUCAACCUGACCAAGACCUCCCUCUUGGGGGGGUCCUCUCCCGCCUCGGGACCGGCCCGGCCUCGGGGGCCCGACCCAGAGAGGGAGGCGGCGACCAGGGGGCCCAGGGCCACAGCUGAGGCGGUGGUUCAGAACGGAGGGACGGGGAGGAUGGGGGCGGGAGCCACCUAUGAGGAGGAGGCAGACCGGGAAGUGGCCCAGUUGAUGUGUGAUGACGAGGCCACGUAUGCCGCCGGCCAGCCGGAGAUCCACUGGGCUGGGUGCGCGCAGAUGACCGGAGACCCUCAGGACUGGCUGCGGGGGGAGAACCUUCUGCCCCACCAGACCGUGGAGAAGCUGACCAGGCGGACGGUCUACGACGACGACGACCGCGGGCGGGGCCUGACGGUGCCGGCACACAACGGCAGAGGACCCUGGGAGUCGGAGGACCCCGCACAGGACAUGCUGGAGAGCCGACUCAACAGCACCCAGGUGGUGAUGGCAGGCAGUGAACAAGCGGUAGAGGUGGAUGAGGUUGAGGAUCUCGCCCAGCUUGACGAAGUGUGUGAGAGCUCUGUGCUUCUGAACCUGAAGAAGAGGUUUCAUCGAGACUGCAUCUACACGUACAUCGGCGACAUGCUGAUCUCAGUGAACCCCUUCAGGCCUCUCCAUAUCUACACCGAGGACAGCCGUCUGCAGUACCAGGCCAAGGCGAAGCACCGCAACCCCCCUCAUGUGUACGCCAUAGCGGAGGCUGCCUUCACACACUCACAGAACACUGCCCAGGAGCAGUGCAUCGUCAUCAGUGGCCAGAGUGGAUCGGGGAAGACAGAAGCCACCAAGCUGAUAAUCCACUACCUGUGCUCCAUGUACCAGGGCAUGCAUGACAACCUCCGCCAGCCCACGGAGGUGCUUCCCAUCCUGGAAAGUUUUGGAAAUGCCAAGACCAUCCUGAACAACAACUCCAGCCGCUUUGGCAAGUACCUUCAUAUCCACAUCCUCCAAGGGGUUGUCGUAGGGACCUCGCUGUCCAAAUACCUCCUGGAGAAGUCCAGGGUGGUCUUUCAGGCGCGGGAGGAGAGGAACUUCCAUGUGUUCUAUGAGCUGCUUGCCGGCAUGAAUGACUGGGACAAACAGGAGGUAUACCUGCAGGGAGCAGAAACAUACUACUACCUCAACCAGGGGGGUGCGUGUGACCUGAGGGGGAAGCAGGACAAGCAGGACUUCCAGCUGCUGGUCCGCUGCUUCCAGACCAUCGGUCUCCACGGCGACCAGAUCUCCACCAUCUGGGCCAUCCUCUCCUCCAUCCUGCAGCUGGGCAACAUCUGCUUCAGCUCCUAUGAGAGCGACUCCUUCGAGGUGGCCCGUAUCUUCAGCGAGGCCGAGGCGCGGCGGGUGGGCUCCCUGCUGCAGAUCUCCUCCGAGGCCCUGCAGACCGUCAUCACACACCGGGUGACCGAGACUACCUAUGACCGGAUAUACUGCCCUCUGUCGGUGGAAAGUGCCAUAGAAUCCAGAGAUGCCAUUGCCAAGGCGCUGUAUUCCGUGCUCUUCGAUUGGUUGAUGGAGGAGAUCAACGAUUGGCUGAGCCCCAGUGAGAUGGACAGCAGUGUGGGCGUGGUGGACAUCUACGGGUUUGAGGAUCUGGGCGUGAACAGCUUCGAGCAGCUCUGCAUCAACUUCGCCAACGAGCAGCUGCAGCAUUUUGUGAACAACGCCGUGGUCGCUCAGGAGCAGGAGGAGUACAACUCGGAGCAGAUCCCCUGGUACCCCAUGCAGCUAAAGAACUCUCACUCCUGUCUGGAGCUCAUUUCCUCGCGGCCGCACGGCAUCCUACGCAUCCUGGACGACCAGACCAGCCUGCCCCAGGCCACAGACCACACCUUCCUGCAGAAGUGCCACUAUUACCAUGGCAACAGCCCGUACUACGCCAAGCCCAAGAUCCCUCUGCCGGUCUUCACCGUUUACCACUAUGCCGGCGCGGUCACCUACCAGGUCCAUAACUUCCUCAACAAGAACCACGACCAGUUCCGGACAGAGGUGGUUGAGCUGUUCGCCCGGAGCCGGCUCAAAACGGUGUCCGCGCUGUUCCGGAAGCUUCAGGACGGCUACGCGCAGCAGAGGGAGCUGGGCUGGAGGGGGAGGGGCCUCCGACAGCAGCCCGCCACCGUUGCCUCGCACUUCCUGCAGUCGCUGAGCGAGCUCACGACCCGUCUUGAGAGAUGUAAAACCACUUUCAUCCGUUGCUUCAAGCCAAACUAUGUCAAGCUGCCCGGUAUCUUCGACGUGGACUACAUGUCGGCCCAGCUGAGGCAUGCUGGGAUGCUGGAGACCAUCCACAUCAGGAAGGAGGGCUUCCCGGUCCGCAUCCCCUACGCCAGCUUCAUGGAGAGGUAUGGUGUGCUGUUGCCCGUGCGGACCGAGGGGGUGUCGGACCGGGACCAGACCGUCUCCGUCCUGGAGAUGUUUGAUGCCGAGGAAGGGCAGUAUGAGCUGGGGGUCACCAAGGUGUUCCUGAAGGAGCGUCUGCACCAGCAGGUGGAGGAGAAGUGGAGCAGCACCCAGACCUGGGCGGCCGUCACCAUCCAGAGGAACAUCCGCGGCUUCAUCUGCCGCAGGAACUUCCGCUUCUUCAAGCAGAAGGCCAUCGUCAUUCAGAGCCACAUCCGCGGUCACCAGGCCAGGAAGUACUACAAGAGACUGAAGCAGUCCUUCACCCAGUUCUGGGCCACCAUGCUUAUCACCAGGAACACUAUCAAGAGACGACACUGGAGGAAGGUAGCGUGCACACGCACUCACACACUCCCACGCGCGCAUGCACGCACACACGCACACACACAGAUACGCACAAACGCCCGCACGCUCAAACAAUGGGACGUAUCCAGAUGUUGGUUGGCUGACGGGACUGCCCUCCCUUCUCUCUGUGCUCAGAUAAACAAGGAGAAGAGCAGACUGAAAGAAGCCAGCAGGAAGAAGUCCAUACCUCCCGGGAUGGACGUGGGAAUGUUGGAGAUCCCGGCGGAGCUGUCGGCGAGGCUACGCGGGGCAGCCGGUCAGCAGCACGCUUCCAACGUGACGGAGGUGGCGCCCCCACUGGUGAAGGCCGAGAACAGACUGACGCUCCCGGCUGACGUGGACAGCUACCCGUUCUCCCGCUACGCCCUCUCCGCGCUCCAGGACACAUGGAGCCAGCCUCACGGCUACGCCCUGCACCGACCCCUCACCAGCCUGGACCCCGACGACGCCCACACAGCCCUGGAGCUCCACAAGCUGAUCAUGCGCUUCACCGGCGAGUCGGAGCUCAGCGGCUGGCAGGAGCAGCUGCUGGGGAACUACAUCGUGGAGAAGGCCCAGGCCCGGCCGGCCCUCCGGGACGAGGUGCUGGCCCAGCUGGUCCACCACACCUGGGGAGAGGAGGGGCAGGCGGGGGCGCUGAGGGGCUGGCUGAUGCUGGCCUGCUGCCUCAGCGCCUUCGCACCCUCGCCGGCCAUGGACAAGCCCCUGCUCAAGUACGUGUCGGACCGCGGGCCGGGGGAGUACCGGGCCCUGUGCCAACACAAGCUGCUGAGCUACCUGCAGCUGCCCAGCCCCGCCCCGCGCCUCCAGCCCCCCACCCAGCUGGAGUGGACCGCCAACCAGAGGAAGGGCAAGAUGGUGCUGGACGUGGAGACCUUCAACGAUGAGAAGUUGACCUCAGAGGUGGAUUCCUGGACCACUGGAGAACAGCUGGCCUCCUGGCUCCUCUUGUACAGAGGCGUGCCUGAAGCCCCCCUGGGCUGGUCUGUGUCUCUGCUGAACGACGACGGCUGGUCGGACCUGGCCGGCUGCGACUUCGUCAUGGACCUCCUGUCCCAGGCGGAGGAGGACGCCUCGCCGCUCGGAGACUACAGCUACAGAGGAGGAGGAGGAGGAGGAGGAGGAGGAGGAGGAAGGAUGGAGUUCACCGACCAGGAGAGCUACAUCCCCGCGGCCCCCGCCAUGCAGGCCCCCCGCCUGCCCAUGUCCGGUGACGCGUGGAGCCGAGAGCAGCCGGGGGCGGCACGUGUUCGCCAAAUGGACGACUAUGUGGAUGACCUGUUUGACUCUGUUCUGGAACCAGGAACCCCAGACAAUGAGAGGGUGGCCAUGUUGAACCGAAGGAUGAGAGGAGCUGGAGGAAUCGGACCAAUGCAUGGGAUGUAUGGAGCUGGUAUGCCUAUGACAAUGCCAGGCUAUCCCGCUGGGAUGCCAGUCAACCCAGCCAUGCAGGGCUACGGUGGAAUGCCUAUGAUGCCAUCCAUGCCAUCCAUGCCAUCCAUGAUGAUGCCCCAGAUGGCAAUGCCUGCACCUCUGAUGCAGAUGGAUCCAGCCCAACAAGCUCUGAUCAACCAGCAGGCCUUGCUCAUGGCCCAGCAGAUGACCACGCAGGCCAUGUCUCUCUCCGCGCAGCAGCAGCAGGCCCAGCAGCCCAAGGUUAAGCCCAUAGCGGAGCGGUUCUCCAGGGACCGGGAGAGCGAGAGAGAGGAGAGGGAGAGGAGGAAGGCACGUAGCCCCUCGACCUCCCCUCCCCGCCCUGUGUCCCGGCACAAGGUGUCCCCAUCCAAGCACACCCCGAAAACCAAAAUCCGUGAGCCUCAGCCGGAGAAACACGUGGACGACUCUGAUCCAGAAGACCCAGAAAACUUUAGAGACAAGAUGAAUUACUUCCAGAAGCAAGGCACUGAGCCCUCAGCCAAAGCCCCGCCCUCUAAGCCUGCUCACUCCCCGGCAAGAAAACCCUGGAAACCGCCCGCCUCCUCCCCUCCAGCUCCCGCCUCCCCACCCCCAUCCCCAAAGCCCCCGGCCCUGCGCCACCACUCCCCCCCGCCCCAGCGACGCCCCUCAGUGGUCCCCUCGUCCCCCCAGACCGAGCCCACCACCAGCAUCCGGGACAUCAUCAAGAUGUACAACAGCCGCCCCGCGCCGGAGCCCAAGCCCUUUGAGCCCGUCAGAGUGCCUGGCCGCCAUUUUGUCAAGAAGAACGACCCCAAGGAGGAAGCACUGGCCAUUCUCAAAAGUAAAGGACCUCCACCAAAGAAACAUUGGCACCCGCCCCCGCCCCCGCCCAAGGCCCCGCCCUCCCCCACGGCCCCCCGCUCCAUCUCCAACAGCAUGCGGGAGAAGCAGGGCUUCCUGGCCAACCUGUUCGCCAACAAGCUCGCCCAGAACCCCCCACCGGCGCCACCGGAGCCUCCUCCAAACAGCUGGAGUCCGCCCCCCUCCCCGCCGCCGUUCAUCCCAGAAGCGCCCUCCAUGGCGGCCCCCUCUCUAAAUUCGAUGCCUGACGACAGCGGCAUCCGCACACAGCUCCACCGCUUCAGCGCCAGCGUCUACUUCUCCUACUCCGCCAUGAUGGGGAAGCUGUUCAUACGCAAGGAGGUGUUCUAUCCCAGAGAGAAGUUCAACCAGCAGUACGUCCUCAACCUGCUCUGUGAACAGAUCAUGCGGGACACGUAUUCAGACAGCUGCAUAAGGAUCAGCCGAGAGGAGCGCAGGAAGAUGAAGGACCUUCUCGGGAGUUUCCACGUCGGCACCAGCAUCAGCAGCAUCCAGGACGACAGCAUGAAGAAGAGGAUCGUCAUCGCAGCCCGCGACAACUGGGAGAACUACUUCACCCGCCUCUUCCCCGUAGAGGCCGGCAGCGGGGACACCCAGGUGCUGGGGGUCUGCCACCGGGGGGUCCGCCUGCUGAAGGUGGUCAAGGCCUCAGGGAUCAACCCUAAACACCUGCAUCUGCUCCGGAGCUACAGUUUUGCCGAGAUGCUGUCUGUAGGGCUGAGCCAGAGCAACACUGUGGAGCUGGAGGUGAAGAACGAGACCAUCCAGCUGCAAUCACCAAAAGCCCCGCAGAUAGUCAGCAUGAUGCAACUCUUCCUCAGGGAGCUGAUCAAGGACUCGAACCAUGUGAUCGCCUGGAAGAGCUACAUCACAGACGACAAGAGUCUCCUCAGCUUCUCCAGAGGGGACAUCAUCCAGCUGCUGCCAAUGGAGAGGCUGCAGACAGGCUGGCGCUUCGGCACCUUUCGGGGCCGGUCCGGGCUCUUCCCCGACGAGCUCACCCAGCCGUCCGCCGCCCCGGACUACCACCACGUCCACCUGGAGCGCCGGGUGGAGAGGAGCAAGAGCAUGAGGGCGCCCGCCGGAGCCCACGGUCAGCGGCCCCGCAGAGAGGGCUCCGUCCAGGGCUCCGUCCAGGGCUCCGUCCAGGGCUCCGUCCAGGGCUCCGUCCAGGGCUCCGUCCAGGGCUCCGUCCAGGGCUCCGUCCAGGGCUCUGAGAUGGAGCUGGUUCAGCACGGCCUCAUUGGGUUCGCCACCAGGUUCUUCAGGGUGGACACCGACGGCCUGCCAAAGACGGGGCGUGACUUCGCAGACAUGGUUCAACAUUCAGAGCCCAUACAGCAGUCCCUCAUCUUCUACAAUGACCCUGAGAACAACAGCAAGGCGGUUCUGUGUUUCACCAAUGUGAUGCAGUUCAUGGGAGAUAUGGCGCUGAAGAAGAAAGGAACUAAGGCGGACUGCCUCACUCACAUCCUAUCGCUCGGAAAUGAGAAGGAGUCGUUGAGAGAUGAGAUCUACUGUCAAGUCAUGAAGCAGAGCACGGGAAACCCCCAACAAGAGAGUUGCAUGCUGGGAUGGCAUCUGCUCCAACUGGUGACUGGUUUCUUCCCCUGUUCCACUACCCUGCAGCCGUACCUCAACCAGCACCUCCAACACAUCACCCAGGACCCCUCCCACGCCUACCACGAGCUCGCCAUCGUCUGUCAAAACAACCUGCUCCAGUCUCUGAGCUACGGCGGCCGCCGCAACAUCCCCUCACGUGUGGAGAUUGAGGCCACCCUGGCCGGUAAAACCACCAGAAGAGUUCCUCUGCAUCUGCCGGGAGGGGUGGAGUUCCCUCUGACCAUACGCAACUUCGGCGUGGUGGAGGAGAUGGUGGCAGGGUUCUGUGCGGAGAUAGAUGUGGUGAAUCCAGCCGAGCUCCGAGAGUUUGUCGUCCACGUUAACCGCGUCAAUGGUGGUGUGCUGCGAACCCUCAACGUGGCAGAGUACCCCUUUGACUUCCUGUUGGACGACAACUCCGUCUUCCUGUCGCUGCGGCGUGUCCUCUGGGAGACCCCGAUGAACUUCAACAACGCCCUGUAUGUGGAGUUCCACUACCAGCAGUUACGUGGGGACUUCCUGGACGGCAGUCUGAUACUGCCCUAUGACAGCCCCUCCAUGGUCCAGCAGCUGGCUGAGCUGUCGGCCCUGGAGCGAUCGGUGCAGGGUCUCCCCGGCCCGCCUUCACUGCAAGAGCUGAAGGCGCACCUCCCAAAAGACGACUUUGUCGCCAGCAACCUCAAGGACAUCCACGCUCUCUCCCCGAACCAGAUGGCUGCCGUGGCAACGCUUGGUCCUGAAGUCGCCAAGAUGCGAUUCAUUGAUCUCCUGAGCACCAUGCCUCUGUUUGGCUCCAACUCCUUCCGGGCCGUGAAGGUCAGCAUUCGCAGCUGCCCCUCCCCCUGCCUGGUGGUCGUCAACAAGGAGGAGGUGGCGUUCGUGCACCCCAAAACACAGGUGCGGAGCUUCGCCGUCGCACUAGCAGACGUGCAGUCCAUGCGAACGAUCCGGGCGAAGAAGCACGACAAGAUCCCAGUGGUGGAGAUAAACUACGUCUACCCAGGGGGGCAGCCCGAGAAAAUCACCAUCCACCUCCAGCAGGCCAAGGAGCUGUGCCAUAUACUCGCUGCAAUCAUUGAAGAAUAUGUGCGGCCAUCUUCCAACGUUUAGCUCUAUACACCACCUGAGACCGGAGACAGCAGAAACAGCAGUUGUCACGAAUUCCAUCGGUACUUUGAAGAACAUGACAUGAGUCUGUCAACUUUAGUUAUGAAUGGCCAGCUGUUUAUUCUUUGAGACAUGCAUCAUUUGUUUAUCUAAUUCAAUUGCAUCCAAAUGGUAUACAUGGGUUCUCGCAGAUUUUAAUAAGUUAUUUAAAACGUUAUUGCAUUAUAAUGAUUAAAUUAAUUAAGUAUAAUUUUUAAUUAUGACUUAAAUGUACAUAAGCUGCACUUCAUAAAUGUACUUUAGGGAAUGUAUUGUUAAAUUAUUAUUAUGUUAUUUGACUGAAUGCUCGAAUUUUGUAUCAAAUCAAGGCCCCCAAUGUUUGAAAGUUAAAUUAACUUAUUUCAAUUGAAUCAACUUUAUUUAAUGAUGUUCACCAGUCUAAAAUCCUCUACAUCAUACGAUUUUUAUUUCACUAAAGAAUAACUAAUUUAUUCGUAAUUUAUAAGCAAAAAAGUAUUGGGCUUACAGUAUACUACGAGUAAAUAUUUACAUCAUGUUUACUGAUUAUUUGAGGGAAUUGUUAAUAAUUCACAAUGAUGAUUGAAUGAUUCAUAAAUAUAGAUGCAGUGGAGGAUUCCACUCGUUUUAUAAUGAUUUUGUUGAUAUUUGUAAAUCUUGCUUUACAAUUUGUUGAUUUAACUAUACCAAGUAAACUUCACUCAUAAACCUGCAGCACCUUAUAUAAAGUCGCUAAAUGCAGCCCUCUAGUCAAAGAGUAACAUUUAUUUUCAAUGCAUUUCACGUCACAUCAAUUUAGCAAUUUAAGGACAGGUAAGCUUGCCAAUGUAUUCAGAUGCCUGUAUGACAUGAACGGGUCACUCUGGCACGCUCCCCGGUUGAAACACAUGGAGGUGGAUGAGAAGCUGCAGACUGCAGGGGGCCAAAUGUCUAGUGGUGGGACGGCCUUAUCUUCUUUCCUUUUGGGAUGGAUUUUCCAGAGUAACCUAUGUUAGCAUAAAAAAAAAACGGAGGUACAUGUAUUUUCUCCCCCCUCAUAAAUGUAAUGAGAUUAUUAAUUGUCUUCAUAUGAGCUUGUGUUACACCCGGAGUCCACCAGGUGACGCUGUUAACACACAUUGACAAGGCGUGUGCUAUGACAGCAUGCGACAUUGUUUUGUUUAAACCAAUAUAGGUCCAUGGUUUUAACCAAGGUAUCAAUCACCAUAUAGCCUACUCUAAGGAGUCCAAAGGUACAAGCCUUAUCAUUUUGUGAGAUUAUCUCAAACUUUAUACCAUUUCCAUAUCCAUUUCUAACGUACCAGCUCAGCUAUUCUAUGUUUUAUUUC